AAUCAGCCCCAACAUGCGAAACCUAUACUGCUCAAGGCAAUUGAACUCUCUCAGCAAGCCCCGUACUGGCAUUGUCGCCUUCUAUUUCAGUUAGCCCAACUUCAUACAGCGGAGAAGGACUGGCUAGCGGCAAUGAACAUGAUGGGCAUCGGAGCAGACUACGCCUUGUCGGUGAGGUCUGAGUACACUCGCUUACUCUUCAUGCUCAGCAGGGGCAUGAUUGGCUUAAUCAGCAAAAACAUUCCCGUUGUGAAUGAGAGCAUGACACAAGCAGGCCGCCUCAUUGAGUCCUUCACCGGCAGCUCUUUACACAAGGAAUAUCUCAAAGUGUUCUUCCUUGUGCUACAAGUUUGUCACUAUCUCAUAGCUGGCCAGGUAAAGAGCGUCAAACCAGUGCUGAAACAGCUACAGCAAAGUAUUCAGACCAUCGCACACAACCACUCUGAUGAUGAGCCCCUUGUGACAAAUCCUGCCGAAAUGUUCCAGUGGCUCCCGAAGGAACAUAUGUGCAUUCUCGUGUACUUGGUGACUGUCAUGCACUCCAUGCAAGCGGGAUACAUGGACAAGGCUCAGAAAUAUACCGACAAAGCUCUCAUGCAGAUAGAAAAGCUGAAAUUCAUGGAUAGCAAUCCGUUGCUGUCCUCGUUCCAGCUCAUGUUGUUGGAACACAUCAUCAUGUGUCGACUCAUCAUGGGAAAUAAAUCUGUGGCAAUCCAAGAGAUAUUUCAAGCCUGUCAUGUGUGCCAGCAGCAGCCCCGGCUGUUUACCACCCAUGGUGCACAAGUUCACACACUCAUUGGGCUGUAUGCUAUGUCAAUGAACUGCAUGGAAGCUGCAGAAGCUCAGUUCAAAACGGCAGUUAAGAUGACGGGUGCCGCAGACUUAAUCAACUUUAUCAACCUGAACCUUGCCAUUGUCUACCUGCGGACCAAUCAUCAGGCAGAACUGCUCGGUUUGGUGGAGUCAAUCAACCCUGAAACAAUGCCCACUGGGUCUCAUACUUUGAAGGCAGCAGCGUACUAUGUCAAAGGUCUGCAGUUUUUCUUCCAGGCAAACUUUACGGAUGCCAAGCGCUGUUUGAGGGAGACUCUGAAGAUGGCAAACGCUGAGGAUUUGAACCGACUGACGUCCUGCUCUUUGGUGCUACUGGGCCACAUUUUUCUGUCCUUGGGAAACACGCAGGAAGCCAUGAAUCUGGUGACUCCGGCUAUGCAGCUGGCUGGGAAAAUUCCCGAUGUUCACGUGCAGUUGUGGGCGUCGUCACUCCUCAAAGAUCUGUACCAUCAGUGUGGAGACUCGGUGAAUGAAGCAGAGGGCUACCGCAUGCACACAAGCUUCUCCCAGGCUCUUCUCAAAGAUCAUUUUCAGUCAUCCAAGAUGCCGGAACAUGGCAUUAUUCAGUGGACAGAUGGGCCAUGUCCUUUCCACCUGAGCAGCUCGGCCUCAACGUCGACAGCCAUGCUGUAGCCAGAGAGCAGCGUUCUUCGGUCAGUUGUUGGCCAAGAGUACCAUGUAGCUUUACCGUAGCAGUCGCAACCCAGUGAAACGUCGAUGGUAGGCCCUCUGGAUCUACCGUAUGUACGACGACUAAGUGCACAGUUCAUUUGUCCCGGAUAUCCGGACGGCUUCCGUUGAGUGCAGCGGCUAAAAUGGACAUAUAUAUUGGUGUCGUGUGUAAAGAGGAUGUGUUCAUCUGAGGUCAUACCUUGUGGGAUUGCAUAACAGAACACGCCUGUGUGCUCAGGCUGGUGGGAAACGUUAACUGUUGGUGUUUGUUGGUAUCAUCAAAGGGGAGUUGAUGUCUUUAGGCCAUUCCCAAAGGGGAGGACAUUAACAUCUCGAGUUCUUAAGCACAGUAGAAUUGUAAUUGUUAA